AUGUCUAACAAGCAAACCGCUCCACCGUCGGCUUGCUUGCCACCCAGUCCAAAUUGCAGACAAGCUGCGCACCCAAAAGCCUUCGUUGCAGGGGCGAUGCAUUUGUCUCAAGCAGCUGGCUUGCCAUUACCGCGUAACCGCUGGUUGAGUGAUGGGCCGACAGCGAUCAGCGUACAGCACCGCGGGCAAACGGUUGUCGUUGCUGCGCGCGAUACGGACAACGAGAACUGCGCAACGCAAAAGCAUCGCGAGUUACAAGUCAUCCUCAGAAAGGAUGAAGCCUUGUCAUCACCACCUAACGAACUAAAUCGAAUGCUGCAACAUGAAGUCGCAGCUCCGCACAAGACAUGCAAGGAUCGAACUGAAGACGUUUGCCCACGCCCAGCUCAAGGCCUUUGCACUCCCGGGAGGAUGCCGAUAGCGACACGCUCCCCAACGCCUGAAGGUGAUCGCCUUCUUCAGACACCAGUAAAUCCUCACCGUGCAGUGCGCUGGGCCAUGCAUCCGUUAGGCAAUCUAGUUUGCUAA